GAGGGGCCCGAGCGGCUGCCGAGCUAGAGCCGGAGCGGGGCGCGGGCGGCUGCGGUCCCGGUGGCGGCGGGGGAAGAUGGUGGCGCUGGAGGCGGGAGCGGCUGGAGAGCAGCUUUAUUCCCAGGCUUGGCACGGUCGCUGUCACUAGCGCCGCCUGCUCCCGCGGGCCCGCGGACCCAGCUGUCAGGCAAGCCCCCGUGGAGCAAAAUGAGAGCACAGUGAGCCAGCUCAGCCUCUCCCCAGUCAUCCCCGGCCCCCGACGCCCACCAUGAACCACUUGGAGGGCUCCGCGGAGGUGGAGGUGCCCGACGAGGCGCCAGGAGGGGAGGUGAACGAGUCCGUGGAGGCCGACCUGGAGCACCCCGAGGUGGAGGAGGAGCAGCAGGCGCCCCUGCAGCCCGCAGGCCGCCACGGUGCCGCCGUCGAGGAUCCCCGCGCGCAGCAGCCACAGCCGCAGCAGCUGCAGCAGCAGCAGGAGGAGGAGGAGCGCGGGGAGAGCCUGGCGCGCUCAGCCAGCACCGAGAGCGGCUUCCACAACCACACGGACACGGCCGAGGGCGACGUGCUCGCAGCGGCCCGCGACGGCUACGACGCGGAGCGCGCGCACGACCCCGAGGAUGAGAGCGCCUACGCCGUGCAGUACCGGCCCGAGGCCGAGGAGUACACGGAGCAGGCGGAGGCCGAACACGCCGAGGCGGCGCACCGGCGCGCGCUGCCCAACCACCUGCACUUCCACUCGCUGGAGCACGAGGAGGCCAUGAACGCGGCCUACUCGGGCUACGUCUACACGCACCGGCUCUUCCACCGCGCCGAGGACGAGCCCUACGCCGAGCCCUACGCCGACUACGGCGGCCUCCAGGAGCACGUGUACGAGGAGAUCGGGGACGCGCCCGAGCUGGACGCGCGCGACGGCCUGCGGCUCUACGAGCAGGAGCGCGACGAGGCGGCCGCCUACCGCCAAGAGGCCCUGGGCGCGCGGCUGCACCACUACGACGAGCGCUCGGACGGCGAGUCCGACAGCCCCGAGAAGGAGGCCGAGUUCGCGCCCUACCCGCGCAUGGACAGUUACGAGCAGGAAGAGGACAUCGACCAGAUCGUGGCCGAAGUCAAGCAGAGCAUGAGUUCGCAGAGCCUCGACAAGGCGGCCGAAGACAUGCCCGAGGCGGAGCAGGACCUGGAGCGCGCCCCGACUCCAGGAGGAGGACACCCCGACAGCCCCGGGCUGCCAGCACCGGCGGGGCAGCAGCGGGUCAUGGGACCCCCGGGCGGCGGUGAGGCUGGGCAGCGGUACAGCAAGGAGAAGAGAGAUGCCAUCUCGCUGGCCAUCAAGGACAUCAAGGAGGCCAUCGAAGAAGUGAAAACCAGGACCAUCCGUUCGCCUUACACCCCCGACGAACCCAAAGAGCCCAUCUGGGUCAUGCGCCAGGACAUUAGCCCCACGAGGGAUUGUGACGACCAGAGGCCCAUGGAUGGAGAUUCUCCUUCUCCUGGCAGUUCCUCACCCCUGGGUGCUGAGUCAUCAAGCAUAGCCCUUCAUCCCGGUGACCCCACGGAAGCCUCCACAAACAAAGAGUCAAGAAAAAGCUUGGCUUCAUUCCCAACCUACGUUGAAGUUCCUGGACCUUGUGACCCUGAAGACUUGAUCGAUGGAAUUAUUUUUGCUGCCAAUUACCUUGGCUCCACUCAGCUGCUCUCAGACAAAACUCCCUCCAAAAAUGUGCGCAUGAUGCAAGCCCAGGAAGCAGUAAGCCGCAUCAAGCAGACGGCCCAGAAAUUAGCCAAAAGCAGGAAGAAGGCUCCUGAAGGCGAAUCUCAGCCGAUGACUGAGGUGGAUCUCUUCAUUUCAACCCAGAGGAUCAAAGUAUUGAAUGCAGAUACACAGGAGCCUAUGAUGGAUCACCCCCUGAGGACCAUCUCCUACAUCGCAGACAUCGGGAACAUAGUCGUGCUGAUGGCCCGCAGACGGAUGCCCCGCUCCAACUCCCAGGAGAACGUGGAGGCCUCGCACCCAUCCCAGGAUGGGAAAAGACAGUACAAGAUGAUCUGCCAUGUCUUUGAGUCCGAGGACGCCCAGCUGAUCGCACAGUCCAUAGGGCAGGCCUUCAGCGUGGCGUACCAGGAAUUCCUCAGGGCCAACGGGAUUAACCCGGAAGACCUCAGCCAGAAGGAGUACAGUGACCUGCUCAACACCCAGGACAUGUACAACGAUGACCUGAUCCACUUCUCCAAGUCGGAAAACUGCAAAGAUGUUUUCAUAGAGAAACAGAAAGGAGAAAUCCUGGGAGUUGUGAUUGUGGAGUCUGGCUGGGGAUCCAUUCUACCGACUGUGAUCAUUGCCAACAUGAUGCAUGGAGGCCCCGCAGAGAAAUCAGGAAAGCUGAACAUCGGGGACCAGAUCAUGUCCAUCAACGGCACCAGCCUGGUGGGCCUGCCUCUGUCCACCUGCCAGAGCAUUAUCAAGGGCUUAAAGAACCAGUCCCGAGUAAAGCUGAACAUUGUGAGGUGCCCUCCCGUGACCACAGUGCUAAUAAGGAGGCCGGACCUUCGCUACCAGCUGGGAUUCAGCGUCCAGAAUGGAAUUAUCUGCAGCCUCAUGAGAGGGGGAAUAGCCGAGAGAGGCGGGGUCCGCGUGGGACAUCGGAUCAUUGAGAUCAACGGCCAGAGUGUCGUAGCCACACCACAUGAGAAGAUCGUCCACAUCCUCUCCAAUGCUGUUGGGGAGAUCCACAUGAAGACGAUGCCAGCAGCCAUGUACAGACUGCUGACCGCCCAGGAGCAGCCCGUUUACAUCUGAGCCGCACCUCCACGGCGGCAUGCAUGGAGGACUCUCCUCACCGUGGUCGUGUUUUGUGUGCUGCAUCGCGUGUCCACUGAGACGUCCCCUCUCGUGCCCAGCAUUUGGUCUUACACAGGAAGAGAAGGGUCGGCAAGGGCCUCUUGGCUCUCUGUCUCUCUCCAGUUUGCUUUUUUCUGUUCCUUCCUUCAUACCAGGGAAGCUUUGUGUGUGCCCCCUUGAGGGUGGAGAACAGCUAAUGUCUAUCUACCUGGGAUCAUUGUGGAGGGCCUUUGGGGGCCCUAAGGGGGUUGUCACUGCCCAAGGGGGCAUCAUCCCUCCCCAAGAGGCACGUGCUUCCCUGAAGGAGCUCGCAGAGCAGUGCCUGCCCUCAGUUGCCGAUCUCCCGCCCCCCUGCCUCACUUGAUGGGAAGAUAGCGGUGACCGGGACGGCCCACAUCUUCAAGGAUGUUCACUGCCUACUGUAGAGUUCGGCCUCAUACAUCAUUUCAGCCCAGAAUCUCUGAGCCAGCUUUAAAUCUCUUCCAUAGUUCCUUUUAGUUUCCAUGUGUGUGCUAAUACAGGCCUAACUGCAGAGAAGAGAAGAUGUGACAGCCUAGACAAGGCUGCUGUAACACUGUAGAGAUGCUGGGAAGUCACAGGGCCUCUCAGGCUUCCAAGACUGGCCCAAGGUUACCAAUUAGAGAAUAACUCAAGGUUACCAAUUGGAGGAUGACCACAGGCAGGUACUAUUUUCCUGUAUUCUUGCACAAGCACUUACUACAUGUGUACAAUAUACACACACACACACACACACACACACACACACUCCCUGCACAGUGUCUCAUUUGCUCUCCACCUGCAUUGAGGUAGGCUGAAAAUCUAGCACAUAGUCUGGGGAACCCCCAGCACCCCUCUGGAAGAUCCCUUCUCGCAGCAGAAGGUUGACACAUGCAGAAAAUGGCCAGCCUUAUCCUGAGAAAGAGGCCCUCCUGGCUCAGGCCUGGCCCUCCAGAUCCCAAUUGGCUCAGAGUGCCCUCUAAGACUCCCCAACCCCACACACACACUGGAGGUUCUUGAGGGACAAACUGUGAUAUGGGUAACCUAGUGUCGUGCUUCCUGCCCCAAAGCUAAGGCAGCCUGGGUCCUUUCACAGCCACUCAUGAGGAUGUGACAUUUCAAAGGCUAGACUAGAUUAAGUCAUAAAUCAAGCAGACUUAAUGCUUGGUGUUGGCCCUAGGAAUCCCCAAAUGUGCUCUGGAAACAACAUCUACUGUCUUCUAGGUCUGGGAGUUUGUAGCUGGUGUGGAAGGCUUGAUGUUUCCAUCAGGUGCCUCAUGUUUUGAGUUAUGUCUCAGUCUAGUACAUGUGUUUUAAUAUUAUUCUGAGCCAGUUUCCACUUAUUCUUGGUCCAAAGAGCAGUUUGUUUUCUUGUGGGAUGUGGCUAGCUUUUGUUUUUGUUUUGUUUCAUUGAUGACCUCAGUAGAGACAGGGGAAGAAAAUCUAAUAUAUUUUGUAAUAUGAACAUAGCUCCUGUUCUCUGCAUCUGGGAUAUUUACGUUGUGUCUGUGGACAUGGCAGUUCAGGGAGCAGUGUUAGGGAGGAUGGAUUUACGGAGAGGAGGGUGGGGUCUGGGGGAGGGAGAGAUAUGAAUCUAACAAGAUGAAGAACAAGAGGCUCCAGCUAGGGAGGGAAACAGUCAUCCCCAUGAGUCGGGUGGGUAGGAUCAGGAAAGCCCGGUGCUCACAGGGAUCUGUGCUGGAGCCUUCGGUUUUGUUUUAGUACGAAAGUUCCAGCGAUGUGCGGCCACCAGCUGUCCAGAUAGCUGCCUGACAGGUGACAGGGCCGCUGCUGUUUGAGAGCUGUGUGGAAUUGGGACCCCAGGAGCCAGGCUAUCUGGACUUGUUUCUAAGGGUGUCCAACAGAAUGCUCCUGUGAGACCAAGCCCAAGGUCAAACCCCAGCCAAUGUGAAGACCAGGAACUAUGGCCCGGAUUUUCUUCACCCCUCCUGAAAUAACUAAUCUGUCAGGUAUCUAAUAAAAUCGCACGCUGAAAAGUGCAGGCCAUCUCUCCUCUGCCAGAGAGUGAUGGAUCAGACAAAAAGUGACAUUAUUGCUGCCAUUUCAGGCAUUUGGGAACCUUGGAAAGUCACUUGAGAGGCUUAUGCUUAUUAGACCCUGGGUGGCCACCAUGGGUGCAUGCCCAAGCACCUGUAAAGGAAGGCAGGGGGACAGCAGAGGCUGGCCUGGGACUGGUCAGGGACAGGCUCCACACACACAUCUCUCCCAGUAUAAUCCCCCCCAAAUAAUCACAGUGAAGUGUCUUCACCCAGGGAAAGAGGAAAGAGAAAAUACUUUCCGUUCUUGUGGGACAAGAACCCUGGAAGCUUUAAGAGGGGUUCAAAAGCUUUUCUUGUGAGCUCUUCUAGAAAACUAAUGGUUUAGCAUGAUUGUAAGAUUACCUAGUCUUUUGUGUUAAAGUGGUUCCUCCCACCCAGAGGGAAAGCAGUAGCAGCUCGAUCCAGGCCCAUGGCUGGAGCAUGCUCUUCCUCUGUUGGCGUCAGGCUGAGUGGUUAACCUGGGGUCGGGUCUUGUCUGGCAUCCUCACAUACAUAGUUACAUAUGUAAAUAUCUCUUCACCCCCAGUGAUGGGGCCGACUAUGGACAGAGCAGCCCUCCCCAAACUGCAAGGCACAGAGCCACUCUGCCCACUCGGUUGGGACACGACAGUGACUCAGGUUUGGGGACAGGCCCCCAGAUUCACCACCACCCCCAGUCCAGUGAGGCUGCACCACAUCCCACUCUGCCUUCUCCAGCAGGAGCCCUUCAGGGAGCCACCAUCAGCCUUGAGUUCACGAGAGGAAGAAAGCCCCACAGAUCAAUGGCUGGAGCCCACUGCCUGAGCGAUACCUUCCUCCCACACCACAGCAGGCUCCCGGGGGUAGAGCACACAGCAGGCCACCACCUCCCUGCGCACGGGUUUGCUGUCGGAACAUUGCCCAUCAACAUUGGCCUUCAGGGAGUCCAGAGUAACCUACUACCUCCCCCACUCUCCACCUCCUCCCUCCUGCAGCCCCAUCCACACCCACGCUCCCUAUCGCACACUGACGAAGACCCACCCACAGAGCCCUGCUCGGGUCUCUCCACCCACCGGGGUAGCUGUCACCAAUGUUUACAACCAAGGGCCACCUCUCGCUGAUGUUUCAACUCGCCGUCACAAGGCUUACCUGUUGGUUUGCGUUGCCCCUCUGUCCGCUCCUCCUUCCCUGGUUAGGGUCCACUUGAGCACACAACUCCGGUUUUAUUUUCUCUCCAUCAAGGCAGUGUAUGAUGACCAUGUGGGAAUGAAAUCUCUUGUACAUACUUAGCACAGCACCUGGGGUAUGCCCUAGCACCCCUGUUCUGUAACGGGGUGCAUUAGCGCUUACUGUAAAACAUUGGGAGAAGUAUAGUAUUGUAUUUGUAAUGAUAUCGUUCUUUGUAUACACGAAACUCAAUGAUCUCUAUAUAUAAAUAUAAAUAUAUAUAAAUAAAAUAUCUCUACACGUGAGCCUGGAAUGUGGACACUGCACACCCACUGAAUGUAUUUCCUCGGACAGUCUGGUCACCAGUCUUGACCCCUCCCCUCCCCUUCUUUGUGCCGUGGCCGCGGUCGUCUGGUUUGGGGCUGUGAUGUAUUUAAUGUGCUCUCUCCUUAUUUAACUGAACGCUAACGUCUGUAUAAGAAUUGCUGCAACAAUAAACAAGGACUUUGCCUCUCA